UGCAAAAGAAUUUUCGCUGCCAUGCCGGUAGGUUGGUUCGGACUGGCAGAAAAGAAAAGCGCAUUUGUAAGUGAAAAUCAAAGCAAUUUGUGCAAAGCACUUGAAUAACAGAAAGAUGAGCAUGUCACCGGCAAAGCCAGUUAUACAGCUAAUGCGAUUGAAUGCUCCACGUGCUUCCUUUCACACAAUCGCUAAUCAAUUUCGGCGCACAUUUGCAUUGAAUAAUCACUUGUCGUCGACGUCGCCGUCGGCGCUUCAAUGUCGAGCUCUGUCGACGGCAGGUCCCAUUCAAAAUACAUGCAAGGCACAGGCAAGCAGCUGGUUGAACAGACGAGCCUACAGCAAUGCAAAGGAACAACCUCCAGCGACAGCUGCAGAGACAGCGGCGCCAUUGCUCUCCAAACUCUUCCCACAAACGGCACCCGAGGCGGAUAGCGGUGCUGAGCAGGAGCGCAAGAAGCGCGAGGAGGAUGAGGCUAAGGAGAAUGAACGCGCCUGGAAGCGCAUGAAACUAGGUUUCGCUAUUUUUGGCGGUGGCGGCAUUGCUGCUGCUCUUUGGGGCAUCUACGAGUUUGGCAAGCCAGAAGUGGAUGCGGAGGGACAGACGAUCGAGGAUGAGUUUACAAAUAAGCCACUGGUGCAGCAAUAUUUGCAGCGCAUGUGGAAAUCAUUGCAUUACUAUCAGAAAAUGAUCCAGGAGCCGUCGCGUGAGAAGCUAUUGCCCGAUCCGCUCAAGCAUCCGUAUGUGCAGCCACGUUACACCCUUGUGCUGGAAAUGAAGGAUGUGCUUGUGCAUCCCGAUUGGACAUAUCAGACUGGCUGGCGUUUCAAGAAACGCCCUGGUGUCGAUCACUUCCUGCAGGAAUGUGCUAAAGACUUUGAAAUUGUGGUCUUCACUGCCGAACAGGGCAUGACCGUGUUUCCCAUACUGGAUGCCCUAGAUCCCAAUGGCUAUAUUAUGUAUCGCCUGGUGCGCGACGCAACACACUUUGUUGACGGCCAUCAUGUCAAGAACUUGGACAACUUAAAUCGUGACCUCAGACGCGUGAUUGUGGUUGACUGGGAUAAUAAUGCCACCAAGAUGCAUCCAGAUAACACAUUCGGCAUUGCACGCUGGCAUGGCAAUGAUGAUGAUGCCCAGCUGCUCGACUUGAUUGCCUUCCUCAAAAUCAUUGCCCAAAAUGAUGUGGAUGAUGUGCGUGAGGUGUUGCACUAUUAUCGCCAGUUUGAGGAUCCCAUUAGUCAGUUUAGGGAUAACCAACGCAAGCUGGCCGAGCAAAUGCAGGAAGCUGAACGCAUCGAACAGACGAAAGCCAAACCCAUGGUCAAGCAAUGGUCACGCAACAUUUUGGGUCGCUAACUUGGAUUAUCGUUGUCGCCCCACGCUAACACACACACACAAAAGCCAUAGUCUAACAUUACAUGCAUAAAUUCAUACCAGUAGUUGUACCCAGAAAUCCCCCUCAAACAAUGUUCUAGUGGAGGGCAUGGCCACAAUGCGAUACGCAUAGACAUAAGCAUCCAAAAUUUCAAAUCACACACACGCAGAGUACGCCGUACAAAAUGAUGAAAUGAUAAUGAUAAUGUACUUGCAAUCCGUGCACGCUUUUCUUUUCAUUGAAAAUUAAGAUUGUCGCUUCUUUUUUUCUAUUACUUUUAUAAUUUAAUUUGCUUGUUUGUUUUUCUUGGGAAAUGUAAUUAUCCUAAUGCUAAUUAAUAAAAAACAAUCAAAAACAAUA